AGAAGACUGCACACAUAAAGGUAAUGCAUUUCGGGUGGAUUUGAAGAUUAACCAAUGACAAUGUUAACAGAAACAGACUGUAUUACAACCACCACCAUUCUUAACAAUAAAGGGUUGAAUGAAAUACCAUCUUAUAUUUUUGAGAACAGACAUUUAAAAUGUCUGCGGCUAGACAACAAUUCAAUAAGGACCUUGCCAAAAGAGGUGGCUAGCCUUUUGAAUCUAGAAAUAUUGUCCAUUGAAGGAAAUGGCUUGACAUACUUGCCGCCUGAAAUUGGUCAUCUUUCACAACUCCAAGCAUUGAAUAUAAGCCAUAACCAGAUACAAGGACUUCCGGAAGAGAUGGCACAUUUGAAAACUAUCAAGCAACUUUUUGCUAGUCACAAUAAUCUCACUCAAUUACCAACAGCAAUUGGGGACCUCACAACCAUGCAGAUAUUGAGUUUAAGUGAGAACUCCUUGAAAACUCUACCUGAAUCAGUGGCCAAACUUAAAAACUUGCAUGUUCUUAAUCUUCAAAGCAAUCAGAUUUCUGUAUUGCCAAAACCAAUGUUUAAACUUUUACAUUUAGUCAAGCUUUGCCUAUCUGGAAAUGGAAUAAAAAGUUUGCCAAAGGAAAUGGUGAAUCUAAGGAAUCUUCGAGAGCUUUCACUGAGUAACAACCAGCUUACAUUUUUGCCAAUGCAGUUGUAUAACCUAAUUAAUCUUGAAGAGCUUGCUGUAGAUAACAACAAACUCACCGAAAUAUCAGAUAUGGUUGAAAAUUUGCAACAGCUUAAAGUCCUUUCAGUUGCCAAUAACCUACUUACAAGUCUCACAGAGAAAGUAUGCAACUGUUUCUUCAUAGAAUAUUUGUUCCUGGGUGGCAAUCGAUUGAGCUCUCUCCCCACAAGACUUCACAAAUUAAAGAAUUUGAGAGAACUGCACAUUGACCGAAACGCGCUGGAAAAUCUACCUGAGCAGUUGGCUCAUCUAAAAAAUUUGUUGGUGAUUUCGUGCACGGAGAAUGAUUUGACAAAUGUUCCUAUUGAAUUGAAAAACUGCACACAAAUAACCAAGCUGGACUUCAGUGGUAACAAACUGUCCAAGAUCCCUCAAGUGUUAUUUUCAAUAGCUGAGCUGUCGUGCUUAAUCCUUAACCAAAACGAAAUUACGGAAGUCCCUAAAAGUAUAGUAUACAUAAAGAAACUAAAACAUUUGGCAUUGAGUAAGAAUAAACUAAAAGAGUUCUCUGUGCAUAUCUGCUCUCUUCGAGACCUUGUCUUCUUGGACCUUAGCAAAAACGAUAUUAGCCAGAUACCUACAGAGGUGUGUAAUAUGGGGUCCCUCUGUGAGCUUUUUCUAGAUUCUAAUAGUUUAACAACUAUCCCACCUGAAUUGUGCACUGUAAAAAGCCUUCGAAAAGUUGAUCUUUCAAAAAAUAUGUUGCACAUUGUUCCUGCAGCAAUCUGUCAACUACAGGGGCUCAAAGAACUGAAUCUCUCCAACAAUCAUUUUAAAAAGUUUCCUGUUCAGAUAUGUUCUGUCGGAUCACUGGAAAUACUGAAAAUAAGUCAGGAGAAUGGAAUUAAGUUAACGUCUCUCCCGGAAGAGUUGUGUAAUCUGGUUAAUUUAAUGGAACUUGAUGUAUCGGACAAUGCUUUGAAGUACAUGCCAAACAGCAUUGGGGAAAUGAAGAACUUGUUUCGCAUAUCAGCAUCUAACAAUCAACUUAAUGUUCUUCCCCAAUCCAUUGUCUUCAUGACUGGCCUUCAAGAAAUCAAUCUAAAAGGAAACAAACUGGCAUGUUUGCCCACCGACAUGCAUCGGCUCCAUAAUCUGAAAGAGAUAAACGUUGAUGGUAAUCCAAUGCUCAAACCUCCACUCGUUGUAUGUGAAGGAAAACGUCUGUAUCCUAUUGGACGUUACUUACAGGGGUCUGACCUUAGGGAUGAGAAAAUUAUGCAAAAGAUGUUUCGUAUGGUGUCCUGUAAUGUUCCCUUAGACGAUCUCAUAUUUUUCUGCAAGAAGCUUCAACUUAAAGAUGAAGAAAUCAAAGUAUUUUCAAAAAACAAAUCUCUUCAACUCCAGGAAAAAAUCCUUCAGGCUCUGAAUCUCUGGAAAACUCGGAGACAUGCAAAUUCAACACCAGUAGCAAUUAUAGACCAGCUGAUCAGAGUGCUAAUUAUGUCAGACUUGCAUGACGCCGUACAAAAAGCACAAACUGUGAAAAUAGCAUUAAAGACAGUAAAAUUCUAA